AUGAACUUGGGCUACUUGACGGCAGAUGAUACCUUCGGUACAUCUCACCAUACUUAUCCCACGGGUGGUGUGGGUACGGAAAAUCAUAUCCUGCCAGUUCAAACACCACCACAAAUUCAGAGGCGGGCGCCCUCAGGCGCGGUGCCUGCGUCGCACCAACAAACAAGUGCCCAUUUAAUGCAGUCAUUGACACCACUGGGUUCGCCCUGGUCAGCAGCAUCUCCCUCCGUCACUCAGGCCUCCCAUGAUCCGGCUUCGCCGACUACUGUAUAUGAUCGUCGCGAUCAGGUGGGUCUGGGCGAAUUAACAACGCCACGAUGGAUGCUGUCACAGGCUCAUACAGAAUCUGGCUUACCGCAGCGCGUACUCCCGCUCGAUUCGCCAAUUCAUUCACAGUCUUCUGAGGAACGCACGACACGGGAGCGCAACGCACGCGCCAUUUCGUAUUCACUUGGUCAGUCAAAGCAUGAACAAGCCACCCUAAUGCCGUCGUUCGCGUCUAUGCAGCUUCAAGACAUUGGAGUUGGUGUCUCGUCUCCAUCAUUAGAGUCAACUGAAGAUCCCGUCGUCGACGAAUUCACGACACACCGAACCGGUCUUCGAUCGCAGCCGUCCUCGUCAGCGAACAUUCACACCCCACCCUCUCUUCCCGUGCGUAAGCCGCGUGUGUCCCAGACUGUAUCGGCUCAAAAUUCAUGUGCCAAGAGCUCUCCCUUUGUCCAGGGCAUGAUCUCAGAUCCUCAUGAGGACGCGCAUGCCCAAGUGUCGCCGCUCUUGACGCAGCAUUCACAGUCUGGCGCGCAUCCAGACAUCUUUGCUGAAACUACCCUUUCUACCACGUCUCCCACCAUUAAUAAAACACAAGAAUUUUCUCGUUUCGAGCCUCAGGUCGAUUCGGGCUCGUGGGCUGUGGAUGUGAACCCAUCCAGUCCUACGAGACACAUUGAGCCGACGCAAACAAAAUCACUACGGCAAGAAUUGUCAUCCAAGGUGCAAAAAUCUCCCAAGUCGCGUCCACGGAAUGAAUCUCGUGCAGAUGAUCAUGACGAAACGAGUUCCUUGGCUGGUCGUCUUUCUCGGCGCUCGCUAGGGGCAUUUAGCCAUCUCUUCAAGACGAGUCCGCGUCGUUCGAAUCAAGAAGAUGAAGACGCUGCAUCCAUUGAUGGACCUCUGACCACAUCGCCUUCACGCUCACGUCUCUUCUUCACGCGUCGACGUCGCCAGAGUUUGCAAAAUGCGCGAAAUCCUAUGCCGCGUCGGCCGGAUGCAACUGCACAAGAUCGACCCGAAGUUUCAAACAUCAAGGCCCCCGCGGCGCCCACCAUUCCUCCCAAAUCAUCUCGUCGUGAAGGCGCAGACGUGGUGCAUCCCUUACGAUCAGAACCGUCGCCGUACUACACGGCCAAGGCCCAGGGCAGUCGAAUCCCCCGCUCCUCGUCCAUGGUGCGCAUCCUCUCCCGCAAGUCGAGCGAGCCCGAUAAUGCGCGUGAAUCGAAGUUGCCUACGAGUGCAUCGAUGCAGAGUAUCAGUUCGACGAAAUCGUCGUCUUUCAGCACCCACAAUCAGACGAAAUCGUUUAUGGAGCUGCCCAAAGAACCAUCGCCCGUCAAAUUCCGCUCUUUGCGCAAAUCAUUUGCCAGUGCCGAUGCUGCUGAGGCGUUGCGUCGGCACCAGGCUUCUGUAACCACCGCGACCGAGCCGGACAUAUCGUCCAAGGUCACGACAAAUUCCGAGACCCGCACUUCGACCGUCUAUGAGUCGAAUAUCCCCGUGCCAAGAGACGCACGCCGACGCGUACCGAAUACACAGUCGCGCCGAGCUGGCAGGACACUUAUUGACGAUACCCAAGCGGCUGACGAAGAGAUGGAGCGGCACAUUCAGCGCGUUUUUCGUCGAAAGCUUGCUGCAGGUGCAAGACAUGAGAGCUUAGAAAAGCAACUGUCUUUUCCUCAGCCUGAGGCUCCAAGCAAGCGUCUAUCGCCGCGUCAGGCUGCGGUCAUCUACGGCAAUCAGCUGUGUCCUUACGAGCAAGAUGAAAUCCAUCAGUACGACUCGGUCUACUACGUCGGCUCGUAUGCGCGACACAAACACUACGCAGUGCCAGAGAAGAAUGACCGCAACUAUGGCUACGACGACGAACGUGGAGACUAUAUUGUCAACCUACGUGAUCACUUGGCGUAUCGUUACGAAAUUAUCAAGUUGCUGGGCCGAGGCAGCUUUGGCCAGGUACUUCAGUGCCUGGACCACAAGACAGGCAACUACGUGGCCAUCAAAUUAAUUCGGAACAAGCGUCGCUUCUAUCACCAGGCCAUGAUUGAAGUCAAGAUCAUGGAGCACCUUACCCGUCUCGAUUCUGAUAACCAACAUCAUGUUGUGCACAUGACCGAAUCCUUCUCGUUCCGAAAUCAUUUGUGUGUGACGAUGGAGCUGCUGAGCAUAAAUUUGUAUGAACUGAUCAAAGCUAACAGUUUUGAGGGCUUUUCUACGACCUUGAUCCGCCGCUUCACUCAACAAACUCUCUCCUGUCUUGCCCUCAUGCGCCAGGCUCGGAUUGUGCAUUGCGACUUGAAACCCGAAAACAUACUUCUCGCGAAUCCACGCCGCAGUGAUGUGCGUGUCAUCGACUUCGGAUCGAGCUGCUACGCAGAUCAGCGGGUGUAUACGUACAUUCAGAGCCGCUUUUAUCGUUCGCCUGAAGUGAUUCUUGGUAUUGACUAUCACAUGGCCAUUGAUAUGUGGAGCUUGGGAUGCAUUCUCGCCGAACUCUACACGGGAUAUCCGAUCUUUCCUGGCGAAAAUGAAAACGAUCAACUGGCAUGCAUCAUGGAAGUUCUGGGUGUGCCUGAUCGUCACUUGCUCGAGAAAAGUACGCGUACGAAGCUGUUCUUCGACAGUACCGGUGCACCGCGUCCUGUGGUGUCAUCGCGUGGACAACGCGGCCGACCCAACUCCAAGUCCCUGGCCACGGUGCUACGCACGAAUGACGAGUGGUUCCUCGACUUCGUGGCCCGCUGCCUCAUAUGGGAUCCAGAGCGCCGUAUGAAACCAGAUGCUGCAUUGCAUCACCCUUGGUUCCUCCAAAAUGCGGACGUUGCCAUUCCCCGUGUGCCAAGAGCAAGUCGCGUUGCCCGACCUGAAACAUCGCGCGAUACUUCGGGCUCGAUGCUACCGCGCGCAACGUCUGCCUCCAUCCGCCCCUAG